UUUAACUGUGUGCUGUUGCUGGGAAUGCAUUCUCAAUAUUUGAACACUUUUUUGUGUAAGAUGGUCGCCUCGUUCAUUCAUUAUUUUCUACUUGCGACAAUGGCUUGGAUGGCUGUAAACGCUGUUUACAUGUUUAUUUGUCUGAUUCUCGUUUUCAACACCCACUUCACAUUUUUUCUACUUAAAACAUGUGUUGCAGGAUGGGGUUUUCCAUUAAUAAUCGUCGCCAUCACAUUGGGGGUGAAUAAAACGGAAAGUUAUGGUUACACCUCUUCUGGAAUAUGUUGGGUGCAGCGUCCCGAGUUUUACUACGUGGUUGUUGGACCCGUACUUUUUACGCUGGUUGUCAACUGCACUGUGUUCUUGAUGAUUCUGCACCAGCUGCUACGUUUGUCACGGCUCAGUGGCCAAACCAGCUUAAACGAGAGUUCGACGAAGAGGUUGGCACGAAAUUUCCGCUCAGCCGUCAGUUUGUUUGUUCUGUUGGGUCUCACGUGGGUCUUUGCGUUUAUGGCUAUCGGAGCAGCGAAUACCGUGUUCACAUACCUGUUUGCGUUGUUUAGCUCUCUACAGGGCCUCUUCAUGUUUACUCUCUACUGUCUACUGAAAGAAGAAGUUUGGACUGUUUUGAAAAACUUAUGCUGUGGUAAAGAUGAGUUCUCUGAUAUAAAAAAGAACACAAUGACUACAUCAAGUACAUUUUAUAAAUCCAGCCUGAACGAAGAGGAAACAGUGAAAGAUAGUUACAACAUUACAAACAAAAUUUCACAUGAAUCUGUUGAAUCAGCGCCAUUGAAGGAUACAGGUGACACGACCUAGCAAGAUUCUAUUAAUUCUAUUUAUUCUCGGACGUUUUCUUUGGUUUUAAACUGGAUAUCUGGCUAAUAAUGAAGACGGGUGUGUUUCUGCCUCUGAUGUUUAGGCUUUGUCUCAGGUUAAAAAAAAGUGUCAGCAUCUCAAUCUAUAAGAUACUGCUUAAACGAGUUUGGAUUUAGUUAAAUUGUAAUGAA